AGAGCGGCGGCGACGGCGGGGCGGCCAUGGGCGUGUGCCAGUUCUUCCUGCGGGGGUACUGCCGCUUCGGGGACCGCUGCUGGAACGAGCACCCCCGCGGCGCCGGCCGCCCCGGGGGCCCCGCACCGCCCUCACAAGUUACUAGCGGAAGAGGAGGAGGAUGGGGUUCCUCUAACCAGAGAUACAGCAGUGUUAUCCAGCUAUCUACCUUCAAGUCUGAUACAUGGGGUGGCAGCAGAGAUCAUGGAAGAGGAUUCUUUGGCUCCUCUGACUUUGGAUCAUCAGGCGGCGGCAGCAGAAAUGCAGACUUCUCACAGAACAGGUUCUCGGCAUUAGCGAACAGUCAGAGUGUUGCUGAUGGCUCUAAAGAUGAAGAGGAGAGACUUCUAGAAUGUGUAGUGAAAGACAUGGAAAUUUGGGAAUCUUCUGGACAAUGGAUAUUUUCAUCUUACUCACCAACGAAAGAAAAGCUGAAUGUCUCAGGCUUUUCGGAUGUCUCGCCAGAAGAGCUGCGUCUGGAGUAUUAUGACAGCAGAGCAAAGAAUAUGAUUGGGAAUUAUAUAGAUGCUGUCCAACAGUUAGCAGCACAAUGGAAAAAUCGUCUGCUUCAGUUGAAAGCUUUAAAUGCAUCGACAAAAGCAGCUUUGCUCUCUGCUUUCAAGAACACGGGCACCCAACCAUCACCUGCCUUUGGACUGGGAGGACAGCAAACAUCAAGCUUUGGACUCUCAAGCUUUCCUGUGAGCAGCAGCAGUACCAGUGCCAGCAGUUUCUCCUUUAAAGCCAGUUCCAGCCUUAUCAGUUCCUCAUCAUCUGGAACCAGCCCUGCUGCUGGGGUCUCUUCUGCUGCUGGUAGUGCUCCUGCGUUUGGGGUGACGUCCUCUCCCAGCGCACCCCAGCCUGCUGGAUUUGGCAGCCCAGCAGCUCCAUCUGCAGCCUCCUUCUCCUUUAAAACAGCUGCAACAGCUGGUGGCUUUGGGACUUCUGGGUUUUCGGGCUUUGGCAGUGCUGCUGCUGUGAACUCUUCCAGCACCACCACUCCGCUCCCAGCCUUCGGAGCCUUUAAUGCAGCCACAGCCACUUCUGCCUCACCUUCAAGUGGUGCUUUGUUUGGACAGACGGCCAGUGCCUCUGGACAUCACGUCACCUCAGCGUCUGCUGCAGUCACCAACACCACCGCCUCAGAGAAGUUAUUUACACCCAAGAGCGAAUUAUCAGCUGAAGAGUGGCAACAGUUUGAAGCAAAGGAGUUCACCAUUGGAAAGAUUCCUCUUAAGCCACCCCCCUUAGAACUUUUAAAUGCUUAUGACCUUUUAAGUUUAUUCAGAAGUAACAUGUUUUGAAUCAAAUCAAAGGCUUCUGUUUUGUUACUUUUUGUCUCCUCUCUCCAGUCUCUUCUGCAGGAAUAAACCCCCAGUUAUAAACAUUGGAACACUGUAUUUUUGUCAUUUCUUGGUUAUUUUGGAUAGAUGUUUUACAUCUGAGAAAUUAACUGUUGAAACUAAAAUGAAAUGUUCCCUUCUGUAUGCUGUCCUGUGAAAUUCUGGUGAAACACUAUAUAAAAGGGCUGUGUCAAAAGAAAGAAUGUUUCAGUCAUGUGUUCACAGCCUACUGCUAGAAGGAAACAGAUGCACUGCAAGAUUGGUUGUUGCUGGUCAGCCUUGUCUUUUGCCUCUUCAAAGGGUCCAUGCAGCCUUGGACAGUUGUGUUUGGAGAGAGACAGAGGGCUCCUGUGUGGUCUGUACCAUGCCAGAUGCUUCUGUCCCCCAGGAGUCAUUUCCCUGUGCCAGUUGAUGCAAUUCAGCUGCUGUGAGUAGUUGUGCCUGAGGUCACCAUGCCUGUGUGAAUGUCACACAGCUGGGGGAGGACAGUCCUGAAAGCAUUCAUCCUGAAGAAAGAGCUUUUGGGUUGCUAUUUUGACACCUCUGAGAUGAAACUUUGCAAGCAACUGCUUGCAAAACUGCCUUUCUGUGAACCUACGGAAUUUUGUUGUCAGGUUCUCAAAACUUGAUGGGUGCUCAUAUUAGCAGUACCUUUUCUGAAGUCAUGAUAUUAAGGCAUCCAUUUUGUUACUAAGAUACUCUAAAAGCAGGAGUCGGGAAUCUUCCAGAGGAUGUCUUAGACUCAGGGAUAGUAAGAUCUGGUGUUUUCACAAAUGGGCUUCUGAGCAUCUGAAAAGAUGGCAGAAAGCAGUGUGAUAUGACUUACCUGGCAAGAGACAAGCUAUAUAUUUGGCUGCAGAAGCAGAGAUAAGGAUAGGAUGGAAAAGAAGGCAAUAGUAUUGCUCUAGGGGGCUCACCAAACUGCAGAAAAUAGGCAACAAUUUGUUAGACCAAAGAAAUCUGCCCCAAUAUUUGCACUGUGUUUUUUUUUCCUGUUCAUCCUGUUCUGCUUUUGGUAUACUUGAUUUCAAAGUAGGUUGCAAGUACAAAGGAGGCUAAAUAAUAUCUUCCUUUUAGCUACAAUCCUUUCAUUUUUCUUAACUUCUCCUUUUUGCAACUGUUUUGUUGUUUGGUGUAUGGCUGCUCUCCAGAAAGUCAUAAUAUUGUGGUCUGGCAUAUAAAAACACAUAUAGAGUGGCAGCAAACUCACAGAUGUCACUUACUGCACCUUGAUUUAGAACAGGAAAUAUGAGGUGACUAUCCAAGCAAAGAUAUGUAACAUGUCCUGAUUAGCAGAAAAUCUUGGUCUGUGAAAUAGGCUAGAACAUUUAAGCUUCACAUGAUAUUUUCAAGUACUUCCCUUGCUUUGAUUUAUGAGGAUUUAUGAGUCACUGAAAUUCCUGGAGUGUGGUACAAACAACUAAUUUGAAGAAUGAUUUGAAGUUUUUGUUUUCAAGAGAUCAUGGAUUAAUCCCCAGACAGUAGCACUUGAGACUGGCUGUAUACAGGAGAAAAACCCUCCACUGCCCCAGCUGAGGAAGCAACCCAGCAUCUAACAAUGCUCUGCCCUUUUUCCUCCCAGUGAUACUAGCAGCACUAUCAUCUCAAAAUGUGAUUUAGCAGCUGAGAAGGAAAAU